GGCGUAAUCGACUUAAAUAUUUUAAAACAAUCAUCAAAAACUUUCAUUAAUUAAUUAUUUGAAAAAAAAAAUUUGGGUCGAACGAAUCGAAAACGAUGACGUCACACCUCUAAUUCUCGGAAACAGCCAUACAAGAAUCAACACCCCUGCUGCGCACAUAUGUUCCAGAAAAAUACGUUUUGUUUCCAUUGUAGAAUUUUUCUGAUUUGGUAUAUAAAUACACGAUAAAAUUGCGUUUAAAACAAUACGACUGCUGUAAAUUUCAUCUCGUUGUUUAAUAUUUUAAAAUCGUUGCAAACGUGCUUCAUAGUGCUUUUUUUCGCUCGCGAUUUCCAACUCUUUUCGUUGUCAGUUCUAUUUUCCUGUUGUAAAUUUUCAAAAAACAGCCCAACUAUGUCGGAAAGUCAUUUCGAUGAAUACGAACAUUACAAUUACGACCAAGACAAGCAAAUGUACUGUGGUAAAAGUGGCAAACAACGUACCAAGAAAGAAGCCAGCGAGCACACAAAUCACCCAGACCCGAGCGGGCAUUCGAGGAAAAUCGUACAGAAAUUGCAGAAUACCGAGAAAAACAAGAAGGAGGAUUGCGUCAAAGGACCAGUUUCCAAGAAAGAAUAAUUCGAUUUUCACCAUCAUCGCUUUUCCUGCUCCUGCUCCUGCUAUUUUCUAAGUUUAACUUCGUUGUGUACGUAUUAAGUGAGCGAUUAUGGUACUCGACGCUCGAGUACUCGUAAUUGCCAGUGAUAUUUAGACAUAUUUGUACAUAAUGUUGUUUAUAUAUUCGAAAUAUCGACGUUUGUUUAAUCAUAAAUAACACGUACAUUAGUUCUCGGAUCGUUUCAUUUCUCUUUAUACUGAUUAUAUUCAGUCGCGUUGUAUAAUUAAAUUGUUAUUUACUAAUGAUUUUAUGACGUGUUCAUGUUUUUUUGUAGAAAUGAUCGCUAUAUAAGUAAAUUACAUUAUGUUACGA